CCUGCGGCGCGCGUUCCCGUGCCCCAGCCCGGGACCAGGUGGCGGGGACGAGGGCUUUGGUUUUCCCCACUGAACAGAGAGAAGGACCCGACCGGUGGAGGCUCCUCCUCCAGGGAUGCUGGAGGGACUGCGUCGUUCCCUGCGCCUCGCCCUGGCGCGGGGCCCCCGGCGGUGGCAGCCCGCGCCGCGCAGUCCGUGCGCCGGGGCUUGGCCGCGCCGCCCGCAUUCGCAUCCAGCCGCGCGCUGCGUGCCGCCGCCGCUCUCCGCAGCCCCGCGCUCCCGGAGGCUCCCCAUGGCCAGCCCGACCCGCGCCGCUGCAGCCCUCGCCCGUCAGGACUUCAAUAACGGAUGCUCCCCAGAAUGUACUGGAGAAACGGGAUCAAAGGAGGUGGUGGGGUCUUUCAGGGCGAAAGAUCUCAUAAUCACACCAGCCUCCAUUUUAAAGGAAAAACCAGACCCAAGUACUCUGGUGUUUGGAACUGUGUUCACGGAUCACAUGUUGACGGUGGAGUGGUCCUUAGAGUGUGGAUGGGAGAAACCAUGUAUCAAGCCUCUUCAGAACCUGUCCUUGCACCCCGGCUCCUCCGCUUUCCACUACGCUGUGGAGUUGUUUGAAGGACUGAAGGCAUUUCGAGGAGUAGAUAAUAAAAUUCGACUGUUUCGGCCAGACCUCAACAUGGAUAGAAUGCACCGAUCUGCUGUGAGGGCCACUCUGCCGGUAUUUGACAAGGAAGAGCUUUUAGAGUGUAUUAAAGAGCUUGUGAAAUUGGAUCAAGAAUGGGUCCCCCAUUCAACAUCUGCUAGUCUGUAUAUUCGUCCCACGUUCAUCGGAACUGAGCCUUCUCUUGGAGUCAAGAAGCCUACCAAAGCCCUGAUCUUUGUAAUCUUGAGCCCAGUGGGGCCUUAUUUUUCAAGUGGAACCUUUAAGCCAGUGUCCCUUUGGGCCAAUCCGAAGUACGUGAGAGCCUGGAAAGGUGGGACUGGGGACUGCAAGAUGGGAGGGAAUUACGGCUCAUCCCUUUUUGCCCAAUGUGAAGCCGCGGAUCACGGCUGUCAGCAGGUUCUGUGGCUCUACGGAGAAGAUAAUCAGAUAACUGAAGUUGGAACUAUGAAUCUUUUUCUUUACUGGAUAAAUGAAGAUGGAGAAGAAGAACUGGCAACUCCUCCACUAGAUGGCAUCAUUCUUCCAGGAGUGACGAGGCAGAGCAUUCUGGACCUGGCACGCAAGUGGGGUGAAUUUAAGGUGUCAGAGAGGUACCUCACCAUGGAUGACUUGACAACAGCCCUGGAGGGGAACAGGGUGAGGGAGAUGUUUGGCUCUGGUACAGCCUGCGUUGUUUGCCCAGUUUCUGAUAUACUGUACAAGGGUGAGACCAUACACAUCCCAACUAUGGAGAAUGGCCCAAAGCUUGCAAGUCGGAUCUUGGACAAAUUGACAGAUAUUCAGUACGGAAGAGAAGAGAGCGACUGGACAAUCAUAGUGUCCUGAAUGGAAAAUACAGGAUAUCGUCUGUGUGCUGUUGAGACAGACUGUUGCAGCUGAAUUACGACAGAUUUCUUUAGUUACCUGUUUUUAGUUGUGCAUAGUGUAGUUUGUAUUGUCGGUGUUACCUGGGUGAUUGUUUCCUCAUGCUAGAGAAGACGAAUUGCAAUCAAGAGCUAUUUUGUAAACUUGGUAGCAGAAGCUUACUUUACCUUCUCUUGGAAAGAUGAUCAUGUAAGCCAUAUAGCAUAGAAUUUUCCUCAAUAAUCGUAGUGCCUCCCUUAAUACUUUACUCAGAUACACCUGUAUUUGUUUAUUCCUUAGCAUAAGUUACAUUUUCCUCAACCAAAUGAGUUUGUGUUUGAAAACUGAUCUGAGUAAAUUUCAUGGGUAACAUUUCCUAUGAUGUAUCUUCAUCUUCAGAAAAUGGUUCGGUUUUUGGUGUUUUUUUGUUGUUGUUUGUUUGUUUUUUAUAAUUAAGACUUCAAAAAACUGGUUCUCUGCCCUUCACAUUUUUUUUGCAGCCCCCCACCCCACAAUGUCCAUCUCAAGGUAAAUCUCUCCCCUUCUUCCUGAUGUUGUCACAGUCUGCUCCAAGUUCUCCUUGUGCAGAGGCAAGACCUGUGCACAUUUCCACCAUUGCCCUUUCUGCAGUGUGUUGUAAUUGGCUGUUUGUCAGGCUCCAGCACAAGACGGAGGGUCUUGUGUCUGAGAGAUCUUUGUGGUCCCCUGCCUGGCACAUAAUAGAUACUCAUUAAAUAAUGAAUAACAUUUAGCUUCUAUAGAAGUGUACCACCUUUGUUUCUAUAUUAUGAAACCUCUUUAUUAGAAUUCAUGGUUGAUUCUGACAUUGUGCACACGUACCUCAUAUUUGCUUUAUUUUCCAGGGACUACUAAGUCAUUAGAGAUACUCAAAGGCCUAGCUUGUUGGAGGGCUUAUUUUGUAUUUGAAAACUGUCUUGAAAUUGAAAUAACAGCUCCAGCAAGGUCAUGCUAUCAUACCAACCAAAUGGAAAUGACAUUUGUUAGGUGUUAAGUACAAAAUAAAUCCUCAUCUCUAGCUUUUCGGUAGAAAGCAAAGAGGUAUACUUUGCUUUUUUAGGUGUUCAUUUCUGUUGAAUGGGGAUUGGAUGAUCACGUGAUUAGGGCGCAGGGAGAGCAAUUCUAGAUGUUAUUUUCCUCAUUUAGGAGUUGUGAGUUAGAAUUGAUUCCUGGUUUAUCUAGGGGAAAGUCAGAUCUUGCUAGAAAACAUUUACCCUUGGAAGGUCAACUCUCAGACAUUAUAUUCUGGUUUCCCUCAGUUCUAAUAACUUUCAUCUCGCUGAUCAUAUUUCAUUCUCUUUUCAGAGGAAGGGAAAAAAAAACAUUCUAAAAGUUUGAUGUGUUAGAAAAAUUUCCUUAAGGCAUUUAGCGGAACAUAGCAAAUGGGGCUUUGAUUCUUUUCCAAGACUUUUGGCCAUAGGGUCCUUUUAGAUAGGAAUGGUAAAAUGAAAAUUAGGAAAGUAUAAGAUAAAAAGGAAUAGUAAAAAUAUCUUUUGGGGGGCUUUUAAUUGGUGAACUGAAAUCUUGGAAGAGUCUGUUCUUUUCAGGCCUCAAGUACUUUAACUGUCCUCUACACACAUUCACUGAAUUCUAAGGGUAUGCACUUGCCUUGGCUAAAUCCCGUGACCUCAUUUUUAACUGAGUAAUCCAGAAAAGACUUAAAGGUAAUUCUAACCUGUCAAGUAGCACUUAAUAACUAGACUCACAUUUCUAUGACAAACGGAAAUCAUUUGUUUGCCAUAAAUACAUUUUAUACUUUGCAUCUCUAAAUUUAGUAUGGCAACACAUGUCCGUCGUAGAAGUUAGAGAACAAUAUGUCUUGACAUUAUGUCUCUAUAAUUUCUUUCAUCAAACCUUAAGAGCAUUUUAAGCCCUUUCUACCAGAUGGAGUGAAAACGAAGAUAUACAUUUUAAAAAACUGGAGGUCUCCUAAAACAGAGAACACAAUCUGCCAUUCUCUUUUAAGUAAUAAGACAGAAAAUUGACCUUGACACUAACUUGUUAAAUAGAUUUAAAAGGAACAUCUGCACAUCUUUUUUCCUUGUGCACUAUUUGUUUAAUUGCAGUGGAUUAAUACAGCAAGAGUGACACAUUAUAACUAGGCAAUUAUCCAUUCUUCAAGACUUAGUUAUCCUAACACUAAUUGAUCAUUUAUGGCGUAAGAUAGUCUAGCAUUAGGAACAUGUGAGGCUAAUCUGCUCAAAAAGAUCAACAAAUUAAUAUUGUUGCUGAUAUUUGCAUAAUUGGCUGCAAUUAUUUAAUGUUUAAUUGGGUUGAUCAAAUGAGAUUCAACAAUUCACAUGUGCAUGAAUAUAAACAGAACUGGUGGCACUUAGAAUGAUAAUGAUUAACUUAUUUUGCAUGUUCUCUUCCUCCCACUUUUUUUUUCUUUCAGUUUUUACAUUUCAGACCAAGUUUGUCAGCUUUUUCCUAAACACAUGGGUAGAAACCAGGAUUUUAAAAUGAAGUGUUCAGACAUAAACAAAACUUGGGCAUUUCCUAAAGAGACUUGCUCUUAGAAAUGUUCUCGGUUACAGUGAUUUAUUAAGGAUUCCAUUCAUGACGCACCCAAAGAACCAGCCACUGCAAGGGUAUGCGGCUCACUCUCUGGGACCUGCAACCCGCAGGAAUGAAUACACUAAUACCUGUUUUUACCUUUGCUUUCAAAAACACAAAGGAAGAAAAAAAGGGAAAGAAAUAAGAGAAAACUUGUUAGGUAAUCAUGGGUUUUGUUUUGUUUUUAUUUUGUUUUGUUUGGUAAAUACCCUCUAUUCUUUUCUCAAAAUAUUACCAUUUUUAAAAAAAAAAAAAAAAGGUCACCCACGGUGGCAGCAAGAUAGCACAGCAUAACACCACCUACAUGACAUGCAGAGUCAACGCUCCCAGAGUUAGGAGAAGCCUACGUUAGAUGCCAUAAAUUAACUUCUUCAUUGUAUCCAUUUUAUCGCUUGAUGUGAUUGUACCUAAACGAGGGGUCUCACUUUCCUCACAUCAGCACUCUUGAACACUUGAGGUGAUUAGUGAGUGUAUCUUGGUGGAAAGAAUGGUAGGAGCCUCUUCAUUAAGGUGGUAGGAUCAGCUCCCUCCACUUUAGGGGAGAUGAGCUAUAAAAUCAGGCACCAGAAUAAGUUUAUGCUCCCCAUUCCCACUCAGCACUCAGUCACUGUGUUCUUUUUCCUUACAAAAUUCCUGUUUGAAAGUAUAUGUUCAGUUUACCAUUAUGAUUGGGAAAAUGUAUUUUAAGCAGAAAGUGACAAUGCUUGUCCACUUUAUCUUUUCUAAAACAUUUAAGGCAAUCCGGAUUCAUUAGAGAAACUAAAGCGAAGGGCUUUAGAGACACAUUGUAAGCAUCCCCUAUUUCAUGUUCUGAUGCUAAAAGCGAUCAAAGAAUUCUUUGUAAUGUGGAUUUCUUCUUAUGUGGCUAUGCAGAAGCUUAAGUUAUAAAUAGUAAUGCUCACAAAUAGUUUUCGUGGAUACUUUAUAACAGCUGUCACUUUGUUUUACCACAAAUAGAAUUUGUUCACCUAUUUUCCAGGUAUCUCCCCCCAAAGGAGACAAAGAGUACCAGCUAUUUGAUAAGCAUUACUUAUGACAAACAUCAUAAACAUUAUAGUUCAUUUGGUCAAUUAGUUGGAUAAAUGUUGUAUACCCACAAAUUUGAAUCUAACAUAACUAGAACUAGGGAUUAGGAAGUUAGUUUUAGAAAAUAAAUAGCACAUAGACAUUAUAUUCAUGGAGUUGAUACUCUACUACUUAAGCAAAUUUUUAGAUUAAAAAAAAUAUUUAAUGCAGUUAGGUAGUAAGGAGAUGACAACCAGAACACAUCUCUCUCUCAUCAAGAAAUCACAAUGAACUUUUUCAUUUCAUUUUUUUAAAGGAAAUUUGUCCCUAUUUUCAUUCCUUCCUUCCUUCUAGUGUGAAACUACUCAGUGGGGUUAGUAUUUAGAGGUUAUUUAGCCACUGCCUACAUGGUGUGAAUUCCCUCUUGGUUUACUGCUUACUGCCAACCUAUCUAGUGCCUUUGUUAACUACCUUCUUUGGAGUGUUAACUUGUCGUAGUUCAUCUGACAAAAGAUCUCCUUAAAUUAGAGCAUUUUUUCUUGUCUUAAACUCAAAGUCUGGUAUUAUUGAAAUAAAAUAUUCCUAGGAUGUGUUUUUCUGGAAAAUAUCUAUAAUGAAUCAAACUGUUUAGAGUGUUAGCUUGAAAAUGAUGAAUCCAGCUACUCAGAAAAAUCACAGGUGGAAGAGUAAUAUAACAAUGAUUUUUCAUGGUUUGAGGUUUUAAAAGAAAGACCAUUUAAGGUAUUGCAAUGAGAUUAUCAUAUUCGUCAUUGCCAAAACACACUUUAAGAAAUUUAAGGCUAGAAGAGAGUGAUUUUUCUCUUCCGCAUACAUACUCUAUGACAGGACUUCUCAGAUAUUAAUUUGGGGAGGCUUGAUUUUAAAAAGUCAACAAGAUAUAAUAGCAUUUGUGGGUAAAUAAUUCCCUGGGAUUAAAUAUAAGUAAAUAUAUUUGGAUUAGUGAAUGGUAAAGGCAUGAAAUUCAGUAUUGGAAAUGAACCAGUCUUUAAAAUCUGGUGAGUAAAAUGACAGAAGUCUUAAGCAAUCGUAUUCUGUCUGGAGCUAUAUUUUUCCUACCACCAUAGACCUUGUUAUUAAGGCCUGGAACUUGGGUUGCACAAUGUCCAGUUUCCAGAAUCCACUGGUGGGACGGUAAGAAUUGACGAUAAACUGUGGUAUGAGAAUGAAUUGAAAUCCGGUUUCAUUGAUGGAUUUCUCUGCACAUCCAUUUCACAAUGGCUAGGUUGCCUGUUACUAAAUUAGGGGGAAGAAACUUUUAGUUAGAGAUGUCAGAAGAAGAACUCAAGGUAGAGGAAGGAUUAGGAGGGGGAUCAAACUUGCUUCAGUGUUGUCCAGAGAACCUUUUCCUCAUUCUGCCAACCAUAGUCACCUUCAACUUUCAACAUAGGUGCCAAAUACAAAUAGUGCCAAUGAGGAAGGGGCUAAAUAGAGUGGCUAGUUCCUCAGACAUUAGAAUUAGGCCUUGAUCUUGAGGUAAUAAUCUGAUGCUCUUGUUACAUGGAAACCACUUUACUACAAAUUUAGGUAAGACUUUAUUGUAUAAUUGCAACCAUCUGUAAGAUCUAUUGUGUCAUUUCUUCAACGAUUUAAGAUUUGUGAAGCUUCUUGAGACUGAAAAAAUAAGUACAAGGAGUAGAUUGUGCCUUUUGCCCUGCCCCCUUCCCCCGCCUUAAAAAUACAAUUUCCCACCAUCCCAUUUUCCUUGGUGAAGGUUAACUGAUUUGGAAAUCAGUUGAAUAUUGACAUUUAGUUUUAAAUUAAAAUCAUGUUGCAGUUUCCCCAAGUUGAUUUCACAGUGGUCAUUAAAGUCAUUCUCAGGGUUAACGCAGGAAUGCAAGUAUCUGCCUCAAUUUUUACUUCAUUGAUAACUUUUUGAAGAGUGCAGGAAUUCUCUCAACUGUAUGACUGUGUAAGUAGAUUUUGAAUGAACUCUUACGAAUAAGCUAGCUAAUCUGGAUGUAUCUAUAAAUUCUGCAGAUGUUUCCCUGGUGACCUCUGAGAAUGAAUGAUGGUUCUGUAGUGGACUCAAGUAGCUAAUAAACGGAGCCUAACCCACUGUUGUGAAGAAUUUGCACUUGCUUGAUAGUGGUGGCUGAGAGAAAAUAAGUAGUUUGAGGAAGUAGUUUUUAAAUCAGAAGUUACAGAUAGAAACAGGAGUGUAUCAGCUUAACUAUGGAAUUUUUAGAAUGUGUUCUCGUGCGUCUAAAUCUAAUUGCAAUGAAAACGCCCAGGCUUUCAGUCUCUCAAAUUUCUCUAGUUGUGUAGUAAUUCUUGAAAUCCUCUUUAAGGAAAAUCAAGGAGAACGCUUUGUAAAGAAGGCUUGGCCUUCUGGAAGAACUGUUUACAGGUUGUGUGAAAGGACUUAAACUCAUUGAAAGUGUAGUGGAAAUGUGGAGAACAAUGUGGGUAAAGGAAACUACCUCACUCUUCGAAGGUUUUGUAGAAGCACAAUUAAACCUCCUAAAACGGCUUUGUCACAUAUGAACCAUCUGGUGUGAAAGAGCUCUAUAUUUGUAGUGUCUAAAGAACCUGGGAUAAUUGUAUUUUGCUGGCAAUAGACACAUUAUUGUUUGCAGAUUCCUCAUCAAAUCUUUAAUUACACACUUGUUUCUGCCAUCAAUAAAACAACUUAAAAGAA